AUGUCGGUCAACCUCAUGAGUGCGCUGGCUAAGCGUGCUACCAAGGCUCUGUCCAGCGCCUACGGCACGAAGUAUCGCUACGGGCCUGCCGCUACCACCAUCUACCUGGCCUCGGGCGGCUCGUUCGACUGGGCCUACGACCAGGGCAUCCGCUACUCGAUGACCUUUGAACUGCGCGACACGGGCCGCCACGGGUUCCUGCUGCCCGAGAGCCAGAUCCGGGUCACGUGCGAGGAGACGAUGCUGGCCUACGAGGUCAUAGUUCAGCACGUGCUCGACCACCCGUACUGA